CUUUCUCGUUAGCGGGUCAGCGCCCCCCCCCCCUUCACCUCCCAGGGCCCGUCGCGUCGGAAGGGAUGCCGCCUGGGGCGGGGGGCGGCCGCUUCGCCGCGCUGCCAUGUGCCGCCGGCCCUUGCGAGCCCAGCGAGCCCUGCAGGGGGCCCACGUCGGUCAGGGACUUGCUGAAGGACCCCGACCUCGGGCCGCGGGCGUGGCAGUCGCGGUUGCAGGGGGCCCUGGAUCUCGAGGCCCACUAUGCCGCGAGGAUCGCGCAGGUCGGAGUGCUUGGCGUUCAGAUUUUGGGAGAACAAGAAGAUCUGAAGGCUCGCCUCGAGAGCCUCGGGGCCGAGCUGGCUCGCCGCGGUCUUGGAGCCGCCGCCCUCGAGCGGGGCGGCGCGUCGCGGGGGCGGCGCCGGAGCGGGGCGCGAUCGGUCACGCCGCCCACGAGGCACGAGGCCCCGACGCCCGUGCCGCAGGGCCGCGCUCGCGUGGCCUUCGCGGAGGACCUCGAGCUUGACCGGCUGCGCGGGCUUCAGGACGAGCAUGCCGAACUGGAAGAGGAGCUGAGGGCCGUGCAGGCGGAGCUGGCGGCGCGGCGCGCGGAUGCCGAUGACGCGUUCCGCCUCAACGAGGCGCGCCGUCUUGGAGCUGCGAUGCGCUGCCGGGGCGAACGACAGGCGGAGCUGGCGCGCGCGCGGGACGCGCUCCUGGACCUGCGCUUCGCCAGCGAUGCCGAGCUGGCGACCAGGAGGUGCGAGCUCGAGGCCGCGGAGCACCGCGAGGCCGCCUUGAGCCCGCGCUGGGCGGCCGACGCGCGCGAUGAGGCCGCCAGGCAGGAGCUGCUGCGCGCCGAGCUCCGCGGCGGGGCGGACUCGCCGCCGGAGGAAACUGCCCUCCGCGGGGAGGUGGACGAGCUGCUGGCGGAGCACGCGCAGGCCGCCUGGGCGUCCCCCGAGGGCGGCCGCCUCAGGUACCCGACCGCCCGCGCGGUCCGGGCGCAGGCCGCCCGCUCCGCGGCCGACGCGACAGAGCGGGCGGAGGACCCCAGGCAUCCAACGCCUGGCUCUCCUGGGCCGCUCUCGGGCGGCUCCUGCGGCCGUCGGCAGAAAUCGGGCUCGGGGACGGGAGGCCCCCCGGAAAAGGGAGGGCCGAACCAUUUUUUGGCCCCCCAAUGUGGGACUUUUCGGGAUGCCCCGCCCGUCUGCCUGAACACGUUUCCUCCUAAACACUGGGCAUUUUCAUGCCCUGGUGCGGUUUUCCCUCCGCGCCAAAUGUACGCU